CUUGAGUUCGUUAGCUAGAUAACAGCUAAUGUUGGGUGCUCCCGAAAGAGCGCCUCCUCCGCCUGAAAUGGAGCCGCAUGGUAUAAUGAAAGCGUUUCCAAAAGUGAAGAGGGCGGGUGCUAGGGUGGGGAAAGAAGUACCCCAAAAGAAAAUCAGUGUGGAUGAAACGUUAACAGGACAUUUGUUCGAUGGCAUGUUGAUGUACCUACUCCCAGCAGGCAUUGGGAAUGCCAGGUGCAGUAUUUUUCAGAGACAGAUCACCCAAAACGGGGGACAGGUUGACGGCGAGUUUGGUCCCAGUGUCACUCAUGUCAUUGUGGAUGACUCUAUGGACUCGGCACGUGCCCUGCGGCUGCUAAAGUUGGAUAGCCUGCCUGGGACAGCACAGCUGGUGAAGUGCUCCUGGCUGGGUCAGUGCAUCGCUGGGAAAAAACUGCUAAACACUACCGACCACAGGCUAAUCCUCCAUGACAGUCAUGAGGGUACUGACAGUAAGGAAGUCGAAGAAGAUGCACACAGCGGCGAUGAAUGCACAACAGCUGCCACGGAAAUUCCACCACUGUUUGAACCGACUCAAGAUGACGAACCAGAGGGGUUUACGGACGAACACAAAGAAGAGGAUGGGGUCUCCCAGAAUGAUCUGGAUGCCCUGAUCAAUGGACACCAGCCGCUGUCUCCGACCUCAGACGCAGACGCAAACUCAGACACAAACGUGAAUGUAAACACAGCGGAGAAAACGCUCCCUGGAAAGUGGGUCUGCGCCCAGUCCUCUCGGACCAAGAGCAGUAAUCACAACCAGCACAUCACAGACAAGCUGGAGGUCCUGGCCAAGGCCUACACGCACCAGGGGGACAAGUGGAGGGCGUUGAGUUAUUCCAAAGCCAUCAAUGCCCUGAAGAGUUACCAGAAGCCCAUCUCCUCAUAUGAGGAAGCUUGUAAGAUCCAAGGUAUUGGGAAACGUAUGGCAGAGAAGAUCAUCGAGAUCAUGGAAAGUGGGCACCUCCGCAAGAUUGACCACAUGGGCGAGGCUGUGCCCGUUCUGGAGCUUUUCACCAACAUCUGGGGCGCUGGGGCCAAGACCGCAAAGCUGUGGUACCAGCAGGGUUUUCGCACAUUGGAGGACAUCCAGACCAAAGCCAGUCUGAACUCCCAGCAGAAAAUUGGAUUGAAGCACUAUGAUGAUUUUCUGGAUCGGAUGUCGAGAGAGGAGGCUGCUGCCAUUGAGAAGACGGUGAGAGAAGCGGCCCAGUCGUUUAACCCAGGCCUGCUGGCCAUGGCGUGUGGGUCUUACCGCAGGGGCAAAGCCACCUGUGGAGAUGUGGAUGUCCUGAUAACCCACCCAGAUGGAAAAUCCCAUAAGGGUGUUUUUAGUAAAGUACUACACAGCCUCCGUCAAAGUGGCUUCCUGACCGAUGACCUUGUCAGUCACGAGGAGAACGGAGACCAGAAGAAGUACUUAGGCGUGUGCCGUCUGCCUGGCCCGGGGCAGCGCCACCGGAGGCUGGACAUCAUCGUUGUGCCACACGGCGAGUUCGCCUGCGCGCUCACGUACUUCACCGGAUCGGCACACUUCAACCGCUCCAUGAGGGCCCUGGCCAAAACCAAGAGGAUGAGCCUGUCGGAGCACUCCCUCAACCGGGACGUGCUGCGGCAGGGGAGCCUGAAGGUCUGCACGGGAGUCCCUCUCCCCACACCCACAGAGCGGGACGUGUUCACACACCUGGGCAUACCCUACAGGGAGCCCCAGGAACGGGACUGGUGACCGCUUCGUUGCAUGCUGGUGCUGCCUCAUUGCAGUGUAGACUUGACAUGGACAAAAAAGUGAUUGUAUUUGAAAUGUUUUUAUAUGAAUGUAAUUUUCUGCUUAUUAAUGCACAUUUUCCCUGGCCCAUAUUUUAUGUCUGGGAAGCCUCUGGAAUAUCGGUUCGCCUGGAUACAAAAGAAAUCUUGAAUUGAAAUAUGUUGAAUAGAAAUUUCCAUUAUGAACACGCCUGAAAAAGGAAGAGAAAUUAUUGUGAAUAUUUGCUAGUGAAUGAGUACUUUAAAUGAAAUACUACACUACUCACCGUGUGCUGCUUUUAGAGUCGGGGCCUGGUUCAGACUUUAAGGCAGCUUUUAGCAUGACGUCUGUCCUGUUUUUUUUUAAUGAUCAUCACACGCCAUAAGGUUGUCAUGUCUAUCUCAGAGGAUCUCUGCUAGAUGUUUUCCAAGUGCAGCUGUGUGUAUAAUAUUUAUAUUGAACACACCUUACAAAAUAAAUGUAAAAAUAAAUGCAUAAAAAAAGUU